AUGUCAUUUAAUGAGAUCCAGGGCCGACUCGCGCUUAUUACAGGUGCAUCGGGAGGAAUCGGUGCUGCCUGCGCACAUCAGCUUGCAGAACAUGGAGUGCAUCUCGCUCUGACGUAUGCGACCAACUUGACCGCAAUGAACGCGCUAGUGGCCGAUCUACAAAGCAAAUACGCCGAUAAGAAGCUUCGUAUCUCAAUCCAUAAAGUGGAUGUUGGAUCCGCUGACGACAUCGAGGCGAUGUUCCAACAAAUCGACACCGAACACGGCCACCGACCUGAUAUCCUGAUCUCGAACGCUGGACACGGAAAGCGGUUUCCGCAAAUUUGGGACUGCUCUCUCGAAGAAUUCGAUUACACUUUAACCGUCAACCUGCGCGCUUCGUUCAUUCUCGUCAAGGGAGUGGUCGAUCGCAUGAAAAGCCAGAAUUGGGGACGUAUUGUGUUUAUGUCCUCGAUUGCUGCGCAAGGUGGAGGAAUCAAUGGAUGCCACUACGCCGCCUCUAAAGGAGGUCUCACGGGCAUGAUGAAAAACCUUUCUACCCGACUGGCUGAAUUCAAUAUCAGUGUUAACGAUGUGGCACCCGCCAUGAUUGGUGAUACAGGUAUGAUCCCUAAUGCGGCAGCGAUACCUGAAGUAGCGGCUGGUAUCCCGCUUGGUCGUCUUGGGACUCCUGAGGAAACGGCCAAUGUUGUGACUAUGCUUGUGAAAACCGGAUACAUGACGGGUCAGAGCCUCUUGCUAGCUGGGGGGCUGAAAUGA